AUGCAGCCUCAGACUACGGUCAUAUUGGAUAAUGGUGCCUCUUCAAUCAAGGCUGGUUUGGCCAGAGGACCUGAGGGAGAUGAUGACGACCAACCCAAAUUGGUCCCAAACGCUAUCGUGCGCUCAAAAGGUGAUAAAACAACGUAUUUUGGCCAUCAGUUGGAACGAUGUCGCGAUUAUUCUGCUCUUCAUUACCGUCUGCCUUUUGAAAAGGGUUAUCUGGUGGACUGGGAUGCACAAAAAGCUGUUUGGGACGGCGUGUUCUCGUCCGAGGUUCUGAACGUGGACACCGCCGAGUCUUCGCUGCUCAUCACAGAACCGUACUUCAAUCUGCCCAAUAUCCAAGAUGUUUACGACCAGUUUGUCUUCGAGGAAUACGAGUUUCAUUCCUAUCACAGAUGUACACCUGCUGCAACAAUCCCCUUUGGCCGUCUCUUUCAAGCAGGCGGACCGUCACCACCCGAGUGCCUUGUUGUCAUCGAUUCGGGGUUCAGUUUCACGCAUGUAGUCCCCAUCAUCAACAAUCAAAUACAAUGGUAUGCCGUGAAGAGACUCGAUGUAGGCGGCAAGUUAUUAACUAACCAGCUCAAAGAACUUGUCUCAUAUCGCCAAUGGAAUAUGAUGGAUGAAACUUACAUUAUGAAUCAUGCCAAGGAGACAUGCUGUUAUGUGUCGACAAGAUUCUUCGAGGACCUGGAGACCUGUCGCUCGAAUCCUAAAAAGAAUAGCAUAGUUCAGGAGUAUGUACUACCAAAUUUCUCAAUGAACAGGCACGGCCAUGUCAGGCUUCCCAACGAGGAGUUAUCGGCUACUGACCAAGUCCUUCACAUGGAAAAUGAGCGAUUUGCAAUCCCCGAGCUGUUGUUCCGUCCCGAUGACAUCGGUUUAGAACAGUCGGGGUUGGCGGCGACCGUGGCUGCGUCUAUCUCACUCCUUCCGGAUGACCUUCGAGGCAUGUUUUGGGCGAAUAUUGGUCUGAUCGGUGGUAGUACCAACUUCCCAGGAUUUUACGAGCGAUUAUCAUCCGAACUGUUGUCGCACACCCCGGUCGAAUAUGAUCUGCAGAUAUAUCGGUCAGAAGACGCUGUGACCGAAGUAUAUCGUUCCGCAAUUGCUUUUGCGAACGAUCCUGCGUUUUCCACGCACGUUGUUACAAGGGAAGAGUAUCUUGAAGUCGGUAGCAAUGCCUCACGAAAGAAAUUCCCUGGAUGGCAGUCAUCGUCUGCACCUGUGGACGCGGAGAUCAGUAAAACCACUCAGGAGUCAGUGAUGGAAGAUCGGGGUCAGCCUAACCGCAAGCCUAGCCGUUCACGGAUGCGGACGACUACUGCACCUGGCCGUCGCAAAUAGUGGCAUACACACUUGCGGUAAACUACAAUCAGAUGCUAUAAAUUCACACUGAAACACUGAAACACUGAAACCUUAGCACCUCCGUCGGCGCGCGCCGGUGUCAACUUUCCAUAUCUCCUGAUUUACAUAUCAACCACAGUAUCUACAUACAUGUAACAUGACUUCCAACCGCCGAUUCAAGCUAUGUCUUUCACUCCCCAUCAAGAGCACUGGAUUCAUGAUCCCUUGGCGUGCCUCCCGCGACGAUACUAAAAUCAUUUAUCACUUAGUGAGAACUAGGAACGGAUCAACAAGGAUUACUAAAGAAGUCACCUUUCAAGAGAGUCAACGUCCUCAAUGAAACACGGAGGUUCCUUUAUGUCCGGAUGAUUUCUAAUGUCGAACCAGAUCUC